AUGUCAAAGCGACGCACGGAUACUGCAAGACCAAUCCGAAAGGUGUCCACCACCAGCGAUGACUAUGGAGAUGGUGAUGUGGAUGAUGAUACUCUUGUCAACGCUUCCUUCCGUGAUCUUGACUUUGAUCACAUCGAGAACUACGCCGACCCUAUCGAUUCCAUCACACGGAAGAAUACUGCGAAGAACAAAGUGACCAAGAAGAAGGAUGACGGAAAGAGCAAACGACCGAUUGAUACUACUGCUGAACAAGACGAUCCAGAGCCAGUACAGCUAGCUAAUGGAAAGUGGGCCUGCAAUCAUCCAUGCAAAGAUCGAAGUGCAUGCAAGCACCAGUGUUGCAAGACUGGUAUGGAUAAACCAUCAAAGAAGAAAGCUGUCGCCAAACGCGUUCCAGCGUGCGAAGAUCGGCCUGAGCUGACACAGAGACCACCGCCGCCAAAAGGCAAAGAGAAGCAAACCAAGCUUCAGCUCACAGCAUCUAAGAGGAAGGUCUCUGCGCCGAUUGACGAGCUCGAUCUCACGCAGCAAGAAAAGAAGCAGAAAGCCGACUAUGGCACCAACGGACCUAGGGACUACCGUGGCCUGCAUCAGCUGCACAAGACUACCCAGGGUAAAGAGCUACCUUCGUCUCUCCAUUCCGUCAUAUACAAGAAGCCAGCCUAUUGCUACUCCCAAGGUGGCGAGCAUAGCCUUGACUUUAUGGGCCCUCCCACCGCUGAGCCACAUUCGGCUUCUAGCGAUUACGGUGAAUUUCAGUUUGACGAGCCAUCAGCCGACUUUGAUCAUCCUCAGCAUCAGUCUGCGCAACAAAAUCCACUUGGUGACACACAACAGCCGGAAGAUUACAUGGACUACGAGCUUGCAGCUCCUGUAGCCUCUCACGAAUCUGACGCCUUUGAAGACGAUGACUCCGUCCUUCGAGAGGCUUUCAUUGGGCUUGCAGAUUCUCAAAAUCUCCAAGAGAUUCGUGAAAGCGACGCUAAUAUCAUGCAGCCCUUCGAAAACGUCAUCGACGAUGACUAUAUGGGUUACGGAGAAAGUAACAAGCAGAUGAACUCUAGUUUGAUCAAUUCCGAAGAUCACGUUCCGCAAAAGCCGGAGUUCAGUCACCCCGAUUAUCCUCGCAAAGCACAAAUCAAGUCCUCUCGGUCGCCUUUCUUUGACAGCGAAGAAAGUGCCGAACUCGAGAUUGCAAACGCCAUACCCGCAAAGGUAUUCACGUCGCCAGAUAUACAACAACGGACGGCUACGCCACGCGAGCUGCAUACAGCCGGCGACCAACAAGACGCGUGUGUCGACGAAGAGGUAGCAGACAUCUUGAACAUGUUCGGCGAUGAGCCGGCCGUUGUCUCACGGGUCGAGGAGAAGCCGAUACCGGAAGCUUUCAAGGACCUAGAGCCGUGGCUGUUCCAAGAGUUCGGCGACAUCGUGGAACUUGUUGAUGACUAG